AUGACGGCGUUUCGUGCCACGGCCCUGAGGUGGCAAGCACAGCGCGGCAUGCCUGAAGCGCUCAUGGACCGAUUUGCGCAGUGGUCAGCGAGUGCUCGGGCUCGUUGCUCGAAUGUGUCUACCGCGCCUGGUCAGGCGCCCGUCUCGGACGUGGCCCGCAAAGCAUUUCAGCACUGGCGGCAUGAAGAGACGGGCCACUGGCAGCCGCCGAAGUACUCGCUGCGUCGGCAGGCGCAACUUGUGCGAGCAUCCUUCCAAACGGGCAGAGAGGAUCAGGUGCGUUUGAGUCCGAAGUUUGAGCGAUAUGCGCGACGCAUCAACGACAUGCCGCGACACGAGGUGAUCACCGGCUGGUCGACCCAUAUUGCAUGGCCAACUUUAAGCGCUGAGGAAGACGAAAAAGAGGCGAAGCGCAUUGCGCAGACAUACGGCUCACACGGCCCCUAUGCUGGCCGUUCGAGCGCACGCAUGUUCAAGGGCCACAAGGGCGAGCGUGCGUCGCUAGCGCGCCGGCGACGUGUACACGAAAACAUGAGCACGAUGGAAGCUACUAUUGCUGAAUGGCGCAGGGAAAAAGCGGCAGAGCGUGCGAAGCUCAAGCCCAUCUCGCCAUUGUAG